AUGCACCCUAGGCUCGAACUCACAUCAAUUCCAGACCCUGCCACAGGUAAUAUCAUCGCUAAGUGUCCUGACUUUGACAUCCUGGAUACCAAGGCUGCAAUCGAAGCCGCAGCGAAAUCAUUUGAAUCAUUUCGAACCACCACCGGUCGGGAACGCUCGAAGCUCCUGCGCAAAUGGUACGAGGCCAUAAUUGCUCACGCCGAAGACUUGGCCAUUUUGAUCACCCUGGAAAACGGCAAGACGAUCAAUGAGGCACGUGGUGAAGUGCAAUACGCAGCCAGCUUUGUCGAGUGGUUCAGCGAAGAGGCGCCUCGAUCUUACGGUGAUGUGAUCCCGAGCAGCAACCCAUUAAAUCGAAUCGUCACAUUGAAUGAGCCCGUUGGAGUCUGUGGACUGAUAACGCCAUGGAACUUUCCCGCGGCUAUGAUCACCCGUAAGAUUGCCCCUGCUUUGGCAGCAGGCUGUACGGUCGUGUGCAAAGCACCUGGUGAAGCUCCUCUCACAUCUCUUGCUAUCGCAGAGUUGGCCCAUCAGAGUGGGUUUCCAAGAGGAAGUAUCAACAUCAUCACUGCCCUGGAUAAUACCGCAAUCGUGGGCGAGGUACUUACAACCAGCCCAGUUAUCAAGAAACUUUCGUUCACAGGAUCAACCGCCAUUGGGAAACUCCUGAUGAAACAGAGUUCAGGAACGGUCAAGCAACUGUCGUUGGAGCUCGGUGGGAACGCACCGUUCUUGGUUUUCGAGGACGCCAACCUGGAUUCUGCGAUUGAAGGUAUUGUCGCUUCGAAGUUUCGGGGGUCCGGGCAGACUUGUAUUUGCGCGAAUCGCAUCUACGUGCAGAGAAGCAUCUACCAGAUGUUUCUCGAUGAGCUUGUAGGGAGAGUCCGAAAAUUUAAGAUCGGAAAUGGCUUUGACGUGUCCACAACACACGGCCCACUCAUUCACGACCGGGCCGUUGCCAAAGUCGAGGCUCAAAUUCGCGAUGCCGAGGCACUCGGGGCCAAGGUCGUUAUUGGGGGCAAGAGAGCUCUUGAACUUGGCCCCAAUUUCUUCCAGCCCACCGUCAUUCGAGAUAUGACAUCUGAAAUGAAACUCUCAUCGGAGGAGACAUUUGGGCCCGUCGCUGCGUUGUUUCCGUUUGACUCGGAGGACGAGGUUGUGCACUUGGCGAGCCAGUCGAAGGUCGGCUUGGCGGGUUACAUAUUCUCGCGUGAUGUUCAUCGGAUCUUUAGAGUAGCUGAGCGUCUGGAGGUAGGAAUGAUUGGUGUCAAUACCGGUAUGAUAUCCGAUCCCGCCUCCCCUGUUGGUGGAGUCAAGGAGAGUGGCUUUGGGCGGGAGGGCUCCAAGCAUGGCAUCUCCGAAUUCCAGGUUGUCAAAACACUCACAUUUGGCGGAAUGGCAACCUCCCAUCUCUAG